UUCGUUUCCAAGUCACGACUGUCACACAGCCAGUGUUGUGUGUGGACUCGUAGGCUACGAUGCAGGAUGAGAAUUCUUCAUCUCAACGCUGCUCUUGUCUGACGAGAAUUAGCAAUGCGAUCGAGCACGCCCUCGAGACGUUCUUCUACAAGCUCGGCGAGAAGGUUGGUGCUUAUCCCGCACGGACCAUCGUCAUCAUGUUUAUCGUCGCGUUCGUCUGUAUGGCCGGUCUCUCGCGUUUCCGGCAAGAGAGUCGACCCAACAAGCUGUGGGUUCCGAGAAAUGCCGAGGCACUCGAUCAGAAGGAAUGGGUCGGGAGAAUCUUUCCCGAAACAGCUCGCUAUGGCUUCUUGAUCGUCACUCCAACGAAGGGAGAAAAUGUUCUUACACCUGCUGUGUUGAAGGAGCUGUACGACCUGCAUGUGUCAAUUGUCAACAUUACGGCACGGGGAAGCACUUUCUUUCAGCAGCACAAUAUCGCUUGGGAGCAGCUCUGCUUUAGGCGUAACCCGAGACGUUGCUGGAUUUCUAGCAUUUUGACGUUAUGGGAGUUUGAUAGAGACAGAAUCUAUGGUCUGACAUCCCAUGCUAUAUUGUCAGAACUGAACAAAAACAAUCUUACUGACCCUUGGAAUGGAGGCUUAUUUCAGGCGAGUCAAGUAAUUGGUGAUAUCAGCUAUGACCCGGAUCCGAGCAAAAGGCACACAAUAAUUGGUGCUAAAGCUUUGCGAUUAAUCUACCGCAUAUACAGCAAUGAGACAUUCGACGAGAGUUCCGGCGAAGAAGUAGACGAACGUGCGGACGACUUCGAAAGGCAGGUGGACACAAUUGGGCAAAAGAAACACGACGAACUGUCCUCAUCUGUGAGAACAACUUUUGGUCUUCAGGAAGAGACCAGCAAAGCAAUUCAAAACGAUCUCACCAUUCUGGCUGCGGGCUACUUUCUCAUUAUUGCAUACGUCUGCAUCAGCCUUGGUCAAAUGACUCGCCUCAAGCACAAAAUAUGGCUUUCAUUUGCUGGUGUUAUAAGUACCGGUCUUGGCAUUGUCGUCUCACUUGGUCUGUGUAGUGCAUUUGGACUGUUCUAUGGACCCGUACAUUCAGUGCUUCCGUUUUUACUACUCGGUGUUGGAGUGGAUGAUAUGUUUGUGAUUUUGUCGUCGUGGGAGAAUUUAGACGAGAAGACUCAUAAAGAAAAGAGCAUCAGUGAACGAAUAGGAUUGACUCUGAAAGAGGCGCGAAGCUUGCUGCUUGAGGACUGGGGCUCGUUUGGUCGUGAUGCGAACCAGAAGAGGUUUCGAUUGCACACAACCUGGAUGAAGUGGAGCCCCUUGAGGUAUCGCUGCUGCUUUUUAUGUCCCAAUUGGAGAUGUAUGCUAACUGCUGCGUAUUACAUUUUGUUUUUUCUGGAGACACACAGAUCCAAGUUUAAUACUAACCUUUUCACUGAGUUUCAACUUGAUUUGACAUGUAGGAUCAUUUACUAUGCACAGGACAUUUUUUGGUUUGCUAUUCUUGGAGUGCUUGGUGGUUUGAUUGGCGGCGUCUUCAACUUCCUUGUGUGUGCUGUCACAAAACUCUAAUGGGGAUUAAGUAUAUUUAUCCACUUGGUUGGAGACGAAUUUUAGAGGAAAGAUUUGGAUCAUGCAUCUCAUGAACAUGAACAUCAUCAUGGAAAGGCCCAUAAGCAUGUAAGACCAUGACGAUCAUGAUAUCGAAGGUCAGUCCUCCCGUCACUCAGACAAGAAGAUUGCGCCAUCUCUUGAGGUUCCACUAUUGGAAAACAAGAUGGAGACAGAAGAGACCUGAAUUCUCAUAUUUACUGACAUGCUGCAAUACAAGUCAGUGUACUCCACUGUUUUCACAAAUUCAUAUUUGUAUUCUCUCUCAUUCCGGUUAGUGUACCAUAUCAUUCAUGUUUUUUACUUUGUUGUGGCAUGAACUGACGGAUUUGAAUUGUCAGUAAAGGCUUGGUUUUUAUGUAGCAACCCAAGGUGUGCCAUGUACUCACAGUAAGUUUUUGUGUGGACACAAAACACGUAAAUUAUAUAUUACAAGAUUUACUAAUUACACUACCCCUACUAGAACUUAGUACUAAUUUAUUUACUAGAGUGAGACCUCAGGGGGAGUAUCACACAGGGGAGGAACACAAUGUGACAGUGAACUGUAAAUGGUGACAGGAUGUAAGAUGUACAGUACUCCGUAAAUGUUGCUUUAUCCAAGAGAAGUGAUGAUAUGGAAGGUGGAGAGUACGUUUAC